AUGGUGCUCCUAGGAUUACGAGCAAGCUAUAAAUCAGACAUUAAAUCAUCAGCAGCAGAGAUGGUCUACGGAACCAUCUUGAAACUACCUGGAGAAUAUUUCACCGCUGAAGAUCCAAUUGGAUGCCCACAGAUAUUUAUUGAAAAACUAAGAGAACGUAUACGCAUGGUUCGAGGACCUCCCACAGCACAUCAUACAAGAAAGAAGACGUUCCUAGACAAAGAGAUGGAAGACUGCACCCACGUAUUCGUACGAGUGGACCGUCCAAGAGGACCCUUAGAGCUCCCAUACGAAGGUCCAUUUCCUAUCAUAACAAGACUGUCAGAUUUUAUUUACAGAAUCAACUACAAGGGACAUCCAGAAGCCAUAAAUACAGAUAGACUGAAGCCUGCCCUUAUAGAGCAAGAAGAUACUUCAACUCCUGACGACCCUCCCCCCACCACCCAUCAGCCACUGCCGUCCACAUCCAGCCAAGAUCAUAAGAAGCAAGGAUAG